AUGAUUCUUCCUCUCGUCUUGCUCCAUGACCCGCCCCUGGCCUAUCCCGCAGACAUGAGUGAUCAACACAUAGGCGACCAUGAAGACAACGCGGACAGUCCCAUACAUCCCUUAUCGCCCGCUCCGUUCUCCCCUUCGCCUUUGGCGCAGGAGCUAGGACCAAAGGAUGCGUGUGGACCAGAUUUGGAGCACCCGCCAGAGCAAGCACCGCAGCAACCGCCGGACAUUUCCCGGCGUCCGCGCACGGGAGGGAGGGAAGGGAGGGGCAAGGCGUACCCGAAGAGGCGGGCGCCGGGGAGGGCGGGGGCGACCGGGCGCCCUUCCACAUCCCUCACAUGCUACCACGCACGUCGUCCUCCCUUCACGGACAAGGAACGGGACGGCCGGGAGGGAGGAGGAGGAGGAGGAGGAGGAGGAGGAGGGGGACCCCCCCACGCGCCUCUGGGUUUGGCCUCCCUUCCCCGCCGAGUAGGGUCGACGUUGAAACGAAAAUUUUGGGAUUCGAACGACCUCGUUUCCUCCACGGCCGGUACGACAUACGAGAUAUAG